AUGGCUGCCGCCGGCUUCCAGGGCUGCUUGCACCGGGCCCUCUGCGGGCAGCUGCUGCUAACCCUCUUGGUCUUCAGUUUUUCUUGUGAUGCCUGCAAAAAAGUGAUAUUUAAAUUACCUUCCAAACUAGAGGCAGACAGAAUGGUCGGCAGAGUUAAUUUGAAAGAGUGCCUAAGUUCUGCAGACCUCCUCCAGUCCAGUGACCCCGAUUUCAGAAUUCUAGAUAAUGGGUCAGUUUAUACAGCCAAUGCUGUCGUGUUGUCUGAUGAGAAAAGGUCCUUCACCAUAUGGCUUUCUGACAUGAAGAAACAAACACAGAAAGAGAUAACUGUGCUCUUAGAACAUCAGAAGAAGGUACUGAAGAAAAGACACACUAAAGAAACUGUUCUCAGGCGAACCAAGAGGAGAUGGGCACCCAUUCCCUGUUCAAUGCAAGAGAACUCCUUGGGUCCUUUCCCUUUAUUUCUUCAACAAGUUCAGUCGGAUGCAGCACAGAACUAUACCAUCUUCUACUCAAUAAGUGGACGUGGAGUUAACCAAGAACCCUUAAAUUUGUUUUUCAUAGAAAGAGACACUGGAAAUCUGUAUUGCACUCGGCCUGUGGAUCGUGAAGAAUAUGCUGUUUUUGAUUUGAUUGCCUAUGCACUGACUGCUGAUGGUUAUUCAGCAGAUGCACCUCUUCCACUGCCCAUCAGAGUGGAGGAUGAAAAUGACAAUCGUCCUAUUUUCACAGAAGCAGUUUAUAAUUUUGAAGUUCCAGAAAGUAGCAGACUUGGUACGACAGUGGGUGUGGUUUGUGCCACAGACAGAGAUGAGCCAGACACCAUGCACACACGCCUGAAGUACAGCAUCUUGGAGCAAGUACCACGAUCACCUGGACUCUUUUCUGUGCAUCCCAGCACAGGUGUAAUCACCACCGUCUCUCAUAAUAUGGACAGAGAGGUUGUAGACAAAUACUUACUAAUAAUGAAAGUGCAAGACAUGGAUGGUCAGUUUUUUGGACUGAUGAGUACAUCAACUUGCCUCAUAUCUGUAAAAGAUUCAAAUGACAAUCCACCCACUUUCAGACAAAGUGCUUAUGAAGUGUCAGUAGAAGAAAAUGCAUACAAUGUGGAAAUCUUACGAAUACCUAUAGAUGAUAAGGAUUUAAUGAACACUGCCAACUGGAGAGCCAAUUUUACCAUUUUAAAGGGCAAUGAAAAUGGAAAUUUCAAAAUCAGUACAGACAAAAAAUCUAAUGAAGGUGUUCUAUGUGUUGUAAAGCCACUGAAUUAUGAAGAAAAUCAUAAAGUGAUGCUGGAAGUUGGAGUAACCAAUGAAGCUCCAUUUACUAGAGAUGUUGUGCUCAGAACAGCAGCCAUGAGCAGAGCCCUGGUCACAGUUCAUGUGAAGGAUCAGGAUGAAGGGCCCGAAUGCAGCCCUGCUAUCCAGUAUAUCCGGAUUAAAGAAAACUCAGAAAUGGGGUCAAAAAUCCGCGGCUAUAAGGCAUAUGACCCUGAAACUAAAAACAGCAAUGGUUUAAGAUACAAAAAACUGCAUGACCCUAAAGGGUGGGUUAGCAUGGAUGAAAUUUCAGGGACAAUCAUAACUUCCAAAAUCCUGGACAGGGAGGCUGCGUCUCCCAGAAAUGACUUAUAUAACAUUACAGUCCUUGCGAUAGACAAAGAUAAUAGAUCAUGUACUGGAACACUUGCAGUAAGCAUUGAAGAUAUAAAUGAUAACGCACCAGAAAUACUUCAAAAUUAUCUAAUAAUUUGCAAGCCAAAGAUGGGGUACACUGACAUUUCAGCUUUUGAUGCUGAUGAGCCCAUCCAUGGUGCUCCUUUUUAUUUCAGUUUGGCAAACUCUUCUCCAGAAAUCAACAAAAUAUGGGCUCUCACCAAAGUUAAUGAUACAGCUGCCCGACUUACCUACCAGAAAAACGCUAAAUUUCAAGAAUAUGAUGUUCCUAUUACUGUAAAAGAUAGAGAAGGUCAAUCUGCUACCAAAACCGUGCGUGUCCAUCUGUGUGACUGCACACACCCGAGCCAGUGUCCGGCGGCCUCGAGGAGCGCGGGAGUUGUCCUUGGAAAGUGGGCGAUUCUCGCCAUUCUGCUGGGCAUAGCCUUGCUCUCCACUGUGUUGCUAACUUUAGUAUGCGGAAUUGUUGGUGCAAGAAACAGAAAAGGUUUUCCUGAAGAUUUAGCACAGCAAAACUUAAUUAUAUCAAACACAGAAGCACCUGGCGAUGAUAAAGUGUGUUCUGCCAAUGGGUUUAUGACUCAGACAGCCAACAACUCUUGCCAAGGCUUUUGUGGAACUCUGGGAUCAGGAGUGAAAAAUGGAGGGCCAGACACCAUUGAGAUGGUCAGAGGCCACCAGACCUUGGAAUCCUGCCGGGGUGCCUGUCACCAUCAUACCCUGGAUUCCUGCAGGGGUGGACAUGUAGAGAUGGACACCUGCAGACAGGCCUACUCUGAGUGGCAUAAUUUCACUCAGCCCCGACUUGGUGAAAAGUUGCAUCUGUGUAAUCAGAAUGAACACCACACCCUAUGUCAAGAUUAUGUUCUUACGUAUAACUAUGAAGGAAGAGGAUCUCCAGCUGGUUCUGUAGGUUGCUGCAGUGAAAAACAAGAAGAAGAUGGUCUUGAUUUUUUAAAUAAUUUAGAAGCCAAAUUUACACCAUUAGCAGAAACAUGCACAAAAAGAUAA